AUGGACAAUGAGGGAGUGAUGGAUAAAAUUGAAGAUGAAAAUGAACAGCAAGAGCACCCACAAGAGAGGAAGCUUGUGCAUUUUGAUUCUUUUGACAAGGAGAAUGGGAGAGUCUCAGCACGGUAUCUUAACCUCAACUUGGCUAAAUUUCAGGCUGUGGAUUGGGGAACCAUCUUGAAACUUGCAUUCCAAAGUAUCGGAGUCGUUUAUGGCGACAUUGGUACCUCACCACUAUAUGUGUAUCCUGGAAUUUUUCCCAAUGGCAUUGCUCAUAAUGAUGAUAUCUUGGGGGUAUUGUCUCUGAUCAUUUACUCCCUUACCUUGAUCACUUUGAUCAAGUAUGUCUUCAUUGUUUUAUCAGCCAAUGACAAUGGUGAUGGAGGUACAUUUGCUCUAUAUUCUCUUAUAUGUCGCUAUGCCAAGGUGGGAUUCACACCAAACCAACAGGCUGAAGAUCAAUAUGUAUCCAAUUACCAUCUUCAAUUACCAAACCGCAAAUUUCGUUGGGCAUCUGCUGUCAAGUCCUCUCUUGAAAGUAGCAGAUUUGCGAAGUAUUUUCUCUUGUUUAUGACUAUGCUUGGAACAUCCAUGGUUCUAGGGGAUGGGAUACUUACUCCAAGUAUUUCAGUAUUAUCUGCAGUAGCAGGAAUUAGGGAAGUUGAUAGUUCUCUGACUAACAACACAAUCAUGUGGAUAUCUGUGGUGAUCCUAAUCCUUUUGUUCCAAUUUCAGAGGUUUGGAACAGAUAAAGUUGGGUUUACCUUUGCACCAAUUCUUACAAUCUGGUUCCUCUUUAUUGCUGUUAUUGGUGUAUAUAACUUCAUUGCAUAUGAUACAAGUGUAAUCAAGGCACUUAACCCUGUAUACAUUGUGAAAUAUUUUCAAACAAAUAAGAAAAAUGCCUGGAUUUCACUUGGGGGUGUCGUCCUGUGCUUGACAGGAUCAGAAGCAUUGUUUGCGGAUCUUGGCCACUUCAAUCUUCGCUCAAUCCAAAUCAGCACAUGUACUGUUGUUUUUCCCUCCAUUAUCUUGGCCUAUGUAGGCCAAGCUGCAUAUCUCAGGAAACACCCUCUUGAUGCAUAUGAUGCUUUCUACAAAUCAGUUCCAAAACCUGUUUACUGGCCAAUGUUGGUGGUGGCAGUGUUGGCAGCUAUUAUUGCUAGCCAGUCUUUGAUCUCAGCUUCCUUCUCCAUAGUACAACAGUCUCUCGCACUUGGGUGCUUCCCACGAGUGAAUGUUGUCCAUACUUCUUCUAAAUAUGAAGGCCAAGUAUAUGUGCCAGAGAUUAACAACUUACUCAUGAUAGCUUGUGUCGCUGUCACACUAGGAUUUAAGACGACAUUGCAGAUUGGGAAUGCUUUUGGGAUUGCGGUGGUGUUUGUUAUGGCACUCACAUCUGCAUAUCUUAUCCUUGUCAUGAUUAUGAUAUGGAAGACAAAUUUUGCAUUAAUUAUCCUCUAUGUUGCAACCAUCGCCCUUGUGGAGUUAAUCUACUUGAGCUCAGUCCUAUACAAAUUCGAUCAAGGGGGGUACCUUCCAUUAGCCUUCGCCGCAUUCCUCAUGUCUGUCAUGUUUGUUUGGAACUAUGUAUAUCGAAAGAAGUACACGUUUGAGUUAGAAAACAAAGUUUCAGUGGAAAGACUCAAGGAGAUUGCCAGCAACCAGCAAAUUCAACGAGUUCCAGGUGUAGCUCUCUUCUACUCAGACCUUGUCCAAGGCAUUUCCCCAAUUUUCACCCAUUAUAGUCUCAAUGUGGGAGCACUGCACACAGUGCUUGUGUUUAUCUCAAUCAAGUCAUUACCUAUAAGUAAGGUCCCAGAUGAGGAGCGUUUCUUGUUCCGAAGAGUUGACCCUCAUCGAUUGCGUAUCUUUCAAUGCACAGUGAGAUAUGGAUACAAGGAUGUGGCAAAGGAACAGGAAUUUUUUGAAGAUACAUUGAUGAAUAGGUUGAAGGACUUUAUUAGGGAGGAAUUUCUCAAGGUAAGAUCAUUCGAGAAUGAGAGAGUUAGGGAGACUAUUGACGAAAUUAACGGGGAGGUAUCAAGAAUCGAUGGCGAUGAAGCAGAAAUAGAGGUACAAUUGGUGGAAAAUGAAUGCAAGAAGGGCGGCAUAACAUAUAUUGUUGGUGAGAUUGAGGUGGUGGCUUCCAAGGUAUCUAGUUUAGGGCCGAAGCUGAUUAUAGACUAUGCUUACAAUGGAUUGAGAAGGUGCCUAACGCAACAAGAUGAAGUCUUUGCUAUUCCUCACAAGCGUUUGUUGAAGGUGAGAAUGACUUAUGAGCUGUAGUGUUGUGGUGUUUAAAUACCAUAUUAUCUAUUAGCCAUUUGGUCUGUGACCAAAACACCUUUUGAAUUGUG